AUGAUGACUGCAAACCAAAUUGAUAUCGGUCAGUUAGCGCAUGCAACUGGUUGCUCACCGGAAGAAGCCGAACAUUUACUUCGCGAAAACAGAUGGCAGCUGGAAGCAGCAAUAUCAGCUUGGUUUAUGCCAUCACCCCUACCACAGUGCUGUUCCAGUUAUAGGGCACAGAGUGAAACCCAACAGAUUCCUCAGCUUUCAUCACAACAUCAAGCCCUGUGUCCCUGCAAUACACCAGCUACACCGCCAUCGUUUGCUGACACUAUCCAUGCCUUUCAGAAAUUGGAUUGGAGAGGCAGUUUUCCUGACAAGGAUGGUGUGAAUCCGUUUUAG